GUAACAAACUCGCCAAACCGGACGGUUUAGGCCAACCGACAUUUAACUCAAAUGGAAUAAAAAGCAGGUUCAAGGGUAUCUUUGCCCAAAUUUCAGUUCACCGUUGUUCUGUUUGCCUUUGCCCUCCUCUGCUUUUCCUCGACGCCGACUGGUCCUCACAGGUUGCUCAUCUCUCUCUCGCGCGCGCUCACUCGCUGGUCGCUGCACUCAGCAACUCAGCACAAUAGUACAUCACUCAAUCGAAGACUCCAACUACUCAGAUUCUCAGAUCUUCGACUCACACAGAUCUUCAUCUUCUUCAUCCUUAAGUAUAUAUUAAAACUGUGUACCUUUUUUUUCCUUCCCAAAAAAAAAACCCUAAUUUUUUAGCCGGCGCUGGGUGAUGUAGAGGUCGUUUUUGAUCCGUAAACCUACAGACAAGAAGAAAAACCCUAAUUUGUGGUGGAUAUCAGAUGGAUGCGAAGGACAUCUUGGGUUUGCCCAAAACUCCGUUGUCCAUUCCACAAGAAAAGAAGUCCAGACCUCAGAAAGAACCUCAGAGAAAACCGGAUGGCAUUUCGCGCGAGGUAUAUGCGCUUACAGGUGGUUUGGCUCCUCUCAUGCCCUCGAUUGAUGUCAAUCAAUUGAAACGGCGAUUUCAAUCAGAGAACGAGAAGAUUACCUGGCAAUGGCUUCCUUUUACAAAUUCUGCUCGAAAAGAUAACUUACAACUUUACCACUGGGUCAGAGUGGUAAAUGGUGUUCCGCCAACGGGUGACUACUCCUUUGCCAAGUAUAACAAGUCUGUUGAUGUGAUCAAGUACUCUGAUGAGGAGUAUGAAAAAUAUCUGAUUGAUCCUGUGUGGACUAAGGAAGAGACAGAUCAACUGUUUGCUUUGUGUGAACGGUUCGAUCUCCGAUUCAUUAUUAUUGCUGAUAGGUUUCCAUCAUCUCGAAGUGUUGAGGAGCUUAAAAACCGUUAUUAUAGUGUUUCAAGAGCUGUCUUGAAUGCAAGGGCUUCAUCACCUGGUGAUGUUUCUGGGCAUCCUCUUCUUAAGGAACCAUAUAACAUGUCACAAGAGAUUGAACGCAAGCGCGCAUUGUCCAUGGUUCUCUCUCAGACAAAGCAGCAAGAGCGCAGAGAUGCUGAGGUUCUUGCUGAAGCAAAGAGAAUAUCCGAGUCUCGGAUGGCUGCAAGGGCUGCUGAAGAGCCCGAGUUGCCAAUCACGCCAAAUGUUGGUCCAGAAGGUGAUGAGAGGGCUAUAAUUCCAGUUGAUUUUGUAUCACCAUCUUCCAAUCUUCCAUUUCCCUCUGCAAUUGUUGCAGAGAGUGCCUCUACUUCAGCUUCUCUUCGCAUGCUUCGUGUAUACUUGAGGACAUAUGCACUUGAGCAAAUGGUGCAAGCUGCAAGCUCAUCGGCUGGACUCCGGACUAUCAAGAGGGUUGAGCAAACUUUACAGGAUCUUGGGGUUAAUUUGAAGCCGAAGGUUCCAACUAAAGCUGUUUGUGCAGAGCAUCUUGAGCUGAGAAAAGAAAUACUCACUCUACUGAAUCUCCAGAAACAGUUGCAAUAUAAGGAGGCUGAAGGUUCAUCUUAUCGUGAUGGUUCGUAUGCUGAAACACCAGGCACACCCAAGCGUGCACAGCGUGGCAUGGAUCAGGAUCGAACAUUCAUUCCUGACUCCUUAAGUUUUGGAGGGGACAGAGUUGGUAAAAGAGACCAGAAGCGCAAGGUACCUGGAAGAUUACCAGAUGCUCCAUCAUCACCAGCUCAAUCUAAUAAAAGGCCUCGAAAGCUUAAGGCUUCAGAUGGAUAAAUUGCUGCAGGUUGCUAUCCAGAUUUCGAGGCCUUGUUGUGGGCUCAAUUAAAUAGCAGGCUGAGGGUAUCUUAAUUCAUCAUAGUCUUAGGUCUCUUAAGGAUGUUACAAUUAAUAGAAGAUGAGGCUCCUAUGCGUGGAUCCACUGUUAGAAUUGUAAUCCUGGGUAUCAAUAUCUCUAGUGGCGUGCUCUGAUGAAUUUGUUGUAGGAAGAAGCACCAGAACUGGAGAGCCGUAAUUUUUCCACCUUCUAAAUCUGGCUCAGAUGCUGGGUUCCUGUUUGUACAAGGAAAAUGUAUUUGGGGUGGAGGUGUUUGUUGCUGAUGUACGAUGGGUCUAUGGGUCUGGGUCAUCUAAUGUAAAUACUAGCCUUAUUAAUAUCAUAUUUCUGAGAGUAUCUGGACGAAUAAUUCUGAAAGUAAGAUUCAAGCUGUGGCGGCAAGAAUGAAACAAAUGGAGAAGGGAAGGGAUAAGCUCCUCUUCUGCUUGCAGAGGAAACGUUCCACAAAACUAGUAGAGUUGUUCUACAAAAUAAUACUGUUUUACAAAGACAACAAAUUUAUCUGUAAAACGACGUUGUUUAAAACCAGGCCUAUGAAUGAGAGGCAUCAGCUGAAUGGAAAAAGAGAGGAGAAAUACACAUCAUUGUGUAGUUAUUCUGUUGAACAUGUGGGAAAACAGCCGUCACUAAAGCUCGGAUGCACUUUUGUGGUUGAGGAU